AUGAAAAUUUACUUGCUGCUUCACUACGAUCAUUUAAUAUCAACCCACGUUGAUCAACAGCCUUGCUUUGAAACGCAUACAGCAAAUAAGAGACACAGGCAAACACCAACAAAUAGCAACCCAGCAACAACAAAUUACAAUAUACAAUCACCUUCUCAAUCAUCUACACCAUCAACACUAUCCUCUUCAUCAUCAUUACACUCAUCGAAUAACUAUAUAGUUAGAGCCCACCCAGUAACGAUUAUCGUCAACAAUAGUAGAACCAAUCUUGGCACAAGAUGA